CUUGAUGAGAGGGACUUGGAUUUCAUCUCGAUGCUCGGUGGUCUUUUGAUUUCGCGGUUGGUGGAUUCGAGUUUAUCUCACAAGAAUGCUUUGCAAAGGUGUAUUGAGCAUGCAAAGCUUUGGCUUUUGAAGUCUGAUCAGCCCAUUGAAGCAAAUUCGGCCAUUACUUGUAUGAAUUAG